AAUAAGAUUAUACAUUUGUUUUCUUAAUAGCAUAAUUAUCAACAAAAGAAAUGAGUCCAGAUUCAGCAACCCUCUAAUCCGAACGCUCCCGACGGUUUGUGGUGAUCUGCUACUGCCCAGACCAUCUGAUCCGAUUGACAAUUUGAUUGUUUAACGGAGGGAGAAACUAAUCUGUUAAAACAUAGAUUCCAAUUUUCAAUUCCUCCACACUGCCACCGUCCUUCACGUUUGCAGAAUGGGAGAACUAGCAGCUGAAAAACACGCCAAAUACAUCUUAACAGUCGAAAAGAAGAAAGACAGCAUCGAAUCCGUCUUAAUGGAGCAUCUUAGAAUCAACGGUGCGUAUUGGGGAUUAACCACACUCGACAUUCUAGAUAAACUCGCAGCCGUUGAUCAAGAAACAAUCAUUUCAUGGGUCAUGAGUUGCCAACACGAGUCUGGUGGUUUCGGUGGUAACGAAGGUCACGACCCGCAUCUACUCUACACCCUCAGCGCAAUCCAAAUUCUAGCACUUUUUAACAAAAUCGACACACUCGAUAUCGAAAAAGUGACAAAUUACAUAACCGCCCUACAAAACGAAGACGGUUCGUUUUCCGGAGACAAAUGGGGCGAAAUCGAUACUCGGUUUUCCUACGUUGCGAUAUGCUCUCUCGCGUUACUAAAACAGUUGGAUAAAAUCAACGUUGAAAAGGCGGUUAGUUACAUUAUAAGCUGCAAAAAUCUCGACGGCGGGUUCGGGUGCACCCCUGGUGCGGAAUCCCACGCGGGUCAAAUCUUUUGCUGCGUAGGCGCACUUGCGAUAACCGGCAGUUUACACUACGUCGAUAAAGAUCUUUUGGGAUGGUGGUUAUGUGAACGACAGGUGAAAUCCGGUGGUUUGAAUGGGCGACCCGAGAAGCUUCCGGAUGUUUGUUACUCGUGGUGGGUGCUAUCUAGUUUGAUAAUGAUCGAUAGGGUUCAUUGGAUCGAUAAAGAAAAGCUUGUUAAGUUUAUAUUGGACUGUCAAGAUAAAGAAAAUGGUGGGAUUUCGGAUAGACCGGAUGAUGCUGUUGAUGUUUUUCAUACUUAUUUUGGAGUUGCGGGUCUUUCGCUUCUUGAAUAUCCGGGGUUGAAGGUUAUCGAUCCGGCUUAUGCGCUGCCUGUUGAUGUCAUAAAUAGGAUUUUGCUUCAUUGAUUUGUGUUUUGUUUGUUUGAAAGGUGAACACUGUAUACUAGUAAACAUUGUACUAGUAUUGUUACCAAUAAUGAGUAUUAGACUUCGUUUAUUGGUUUUUAUAUUAUCACAAAAAUGGUUGAACCGCAA